AUAAAAAGAACAAAAAACAGAAAAGCAAAAAGCUUCUGCGGCAGCGCUGAUAACAGAGUGAAUGAACUCAACGACUCCUCCACCAAACAGUUACCAGUCUCUCUCUCUCUCUCUCUCUUGUGAACUCAGCUCACUCUGUCCCAACGAUUCAACUCGGUGAUGGCGAUUACGACUGCUCCGAGUUCACUUCUCCGAGUUCCCAUCUUCACGACGACUUCUCCGCCGUUGGAUCAUCCUCGUUUGAGCUCUUUUAGGAAUUGUUUCACCUCCUAGUGUUGCUUCGUGUUCAAGGCUGUGCUCGUCAAGGGUGUGAUCUCGCUUUUGGUUUCAGAUCUGAAUCGUUUCCUAGUAAUCGAGGCGUCGGUGAUGUCUGAGCUCACAGGAAUAUUGAACAAGGUUCAAUGGUUGGUGAUGAAUCAGUUGCUUUUGUUCUGUUAUGUGAUAUCCGUCACUGAAGCCAGUGAACCCUAUGGUUUACUCAAAGCACCAUCAGUAUCUCUAUCGAGUGCACCUUUGGCUGCACCAGCUAUGCCAAAUCUACCCCUGCCAGCCACUUUGCCAGUGUCCCACUACCAUAGACGCUGGCAAAAACAUUUCUUGCCACAUGCCGCGCCAGUUGCUCUAUCUCCUGCACACCCUCCUUUUUAUGGACCCUUGAUAACUGCUGGUCACCCCCCUACAGCUUCUCGAUUGUCAAAGCCAUCAAUGAAGAGGAGUGGCUUGGCACCUCCACUUGCUAGCUUUAAGAAUAUCGCCCCAACACAGUCGAGUGCUGGUACAAUUCCUUCUGGUUUAGCACAGCCCCCGCUCACUCCUUCCAUUUCCAACUGUUGCAAGCCAGACAUGGUACUGAGACGGGGAAGUCAGGGUUGCCACUGUGCUUAUCCCAUAAAGCUUGAUAUUCUCCUCCUAAAUGUUUCACAAAAUCCUAACUGGAAUAUUUUUCUUGAAGAACUAGCUUCCGAGCUUCAUUUGCAAGUUUCUCAAAUAGAGCUGAUUAACUUUUAUGUACUCGGAUUAUCAAGAUUAAAUAUUUCGAUGGAUAUUACUCCCAAUUCAGGAUCCAGUUUCUCCGCGAGUGAUGCGUCCACAAUAAACUCUUCUCUUGUCAUGCACAAGGUUAAAUUGAACCCUGCAUUAGUGGGCGAUUACAAACUCCUCAAUAUAACUUGGUUUAAGCCUCCACCUCCUUCUCAUGCUCCUAUUGCAGCAUCACCAGUGGAAGGCCAAGCAAAUCCACCCCCUACUCUUACAUCCUUAAGUGCUUCAGAUAAAGGGAGGCAUUCAAAUUGGAGUCUUAUUAUUGGUAUUGGCAUCGGCAUAUUGUUCAUUGCCAUUAUAUCUGUGCUCAUACUUUGUUUGUGCACAUUCCGUCAAGAGAAGACUAAAGCAUCUCUUAUAGAAACAGCCCCUGAAAAGCAGAGGACUGUUGAUACAGUGCAAGCAGUAGGAUCUUUACCUCACCCAAGCAGCACUCGAUUUCUGGCAUAUGAAGAACUUAAACAAGCAACAAACAACUUUGAAAGCAUACUCGGAGAGGGUGGUUUUGGCAGGGUGUUCAAGGGUGUCUUAAGUGAUGGUACAGCUGUAGCAAUUAAAAGACUUACCAAUGGAGGGCAACAGGGGGAUAAGGAGUUCUUGGUUGAGGUUGAAAUGCUGAGCAGGCUGCAUCAUCGUAAUCUGGUGAAACUUGUGGGGUACUAUAGCAGUCGUGACUCUUCACAAAACUUACUUUGCUAUGAGCUUGUACCAAAUGGAAGCUUGGAGGCCUGGCUCCAUGGUCCCCUGGGGGUAAAUUGUCCUUUGGAUUGGGACACCCGAAUGAAAAUUGCACUUGAUGCUGCCAGAGGACUUGCUUACCUGCAUGAAGACUCACAACCUUGUGUCAUCCACAGAGAUUUUAAAGCAUCCAAUAUAUUGCUUGAGAAUAACUUUCAUGCUAAAGUUGCUGAUUUUGGCCUGGCCAAACAGGCACCUGAAGGCAGAGCAAAUUAUCUUUCUACCCGUGUGAUGGGAACAUUUGGGUAUGUGGCUCCAGAGUACGCCAUGACUGGACACCUACUUGUUAAAAGUGAUGUUUACAGUUACGGAGUUGUCCUUCUCGAGUUACUCACUGGAAGAAAGCCUGUAGAUAUGUCACAGCCAGCCGGACAGGAGAAUCUAGUCACUUGGUCGAGGCCAAUUCUUAGAGACAAGGAUAGACUGGAUGAGCUCGCUGACCCUAGUCUUGAAGGAAAGUACCCAACGGAGGAUUUUGUACGAGUUUGCACAAUUGCAGCCGCUUGUGUUGCUCCUGAGGCAAGCCAACGCCCUACAAUGGGUGAAGUGGUACAAUCACUGAAGAUGGUGCAACGAAUCACAGAAUAUCAGGAUACCAUGUUAACGUCUUCCAAUGCCAGACCCAAUAACAGGGAGUCUUCAAUAACCUUUGAAUCCGAUGUGUCAUCUUCGAUGUUCUCUUCUGGUCCUUACUCUGGUCUAAGUGCCUUUGAGAAUGACAACGUCUCUCGAGCAGCUGUUUUCUCUGAAGAUCUUCACGAAGGACGAUGAUUACUUGACAGAAGUCUACGUUCUGUUCAAAGGAUCCCUAACUUUCCGGUAUAGCAACUUAGGAGCAGUCCCCUUUUGUGUUGGGGAGAUACAGGUUGAUUUUUGAGUCUGGGUCAGGUGUUGUGAUUGUGAUUUUUGUUGGGAGGAAAGGGGCGAGUGUUCUUUUGUAGUCCCUUGUGUGGGGGGAACUGCUGUUUAGUAUUCCUCCGGGCAGUGGUUCUCGGCACUGUGGAUGAAAUUUUGUAUAUUCCUUGUAAGCUUGGUUCAUGAAAUUGACUUUCAAGGGUUUCGUGUUUAUUUAUUUUCCUCGUUCUUUUCAAA